AUGGGCGACAUAGAAGAACGCCCUUCCAAGAUGCGGAAGUUGAAUACUCCAGAAGUAAUUUCAGCAAACGGAGAUGGAUCCGAAGUUACAGAUCGGGACCCCGCCAUUGCUGCCAAUGUUCAACAAGAGCAUGAGCCAGAGCCAGUUGAGCAGCUUGACGAAGAAACAAACGACUCUGAAAAGGGCAAUCAAAUUCAGCCUCCAGGUACAACGGGUCUUUCCAAGAGCCAAUUGAAAAAGUUACGCAAAAAGCAAGAAUGGGAAGCCGGCAAAGACUGGCGAAAAGCCAAGCGCCGGGAAAAACACAAAGAGAAACAAGCCCGCAAAGCCGACGCGCGAGCAGAUCUACAAGCCAAGAUCGAGUCUGGAGAAGUCACAAUCCCAGAAACAUCUGCCGAGAAAAAGAAAGGGCCGAGUAGACCAAUUCAAGUGCCAGUCACGUUAAUCCUAGAUUGUGACUUCGAUGAGCUUAUGCUGGAGAAGGAGAUUAUUUCCCUUAGUGCUCAGCUCACGCGGUGCUAUUCGGACAAUAAAUGUGCGCCGUACAGGUCGUUUCUUACUAUGAGCUCUUGGGGUGGAACGUUGAAGACUAGGUUUGAGACUGUGUUGACGAAGAAUCACCUGAGUUGGAAGGGGGUGAGAUUUAUGGAACAGGGUUUCGUGGCUGCUGCUGAGGAAAUGGAUGGAAUUAUGAGAGGGCCUACUGGUGGGCGGCUGGUUGGAGCUUUGGCACCUAAAGUGGACAAGGAAGCUUCAAAAUCCCAGGAGAAUGGAGCGGAGGCAGCCCCUGAACCGAAACCAGCUUCGUCAGACCCAAUUCAAAUUAUGGAAGAGCCUUCUCUAGAACCGGAUGCUUCAGAGCCAAAUCCAUUAAGUACGGAGUCAAUACCAGUACCUCCAGCAGAACAACCUUCACUCCCACCACUAUCAGAAGAGCUAUCUUCCACCCCGGAAGUUCCAGUUACAAAGUCAAAACCCCAAAUAGUCUACCUAACCUCCGACUCCCCUGACACCCUCACCACCCUCUCCCCCAACACAUCAUACAUAAUCGGAGGCAUAGUCGACAAAAACAGACACAAAGGCCUCUGCUACAAACGUGCCUGUGAACUCGGCAUCCCAACCGCCAAACUACCAAUUGGAGAAUAUAUGACGAUGCAGAGUCGGAGUGUGUUGGCUAUUAACCAUGUGGUGGAGAUUAUGCUGAAGUGGUUGGAGACGGGGGAUUGGGGAGAGGCGUUUCUGAGUGUUAUUCCAAAGAGAAAGGAGGCUAGGUUGAAGAGAAAAGGUGGAGAGAGGGAUGAGGAUGUGAUGAAGCGGGAUGAAAGCGAGAGUGGGAGUGCUGGGGAAGAUGGUGGGGUGAAGCUUGAAGAGGAAGAGGAUUUGAGAGCCGAAUAUAUCUCUGCAACCCCGCAAUACUAUACAAUUCUAACCAAUACCUAA